AUGGAGUUGACAUGGGUGGGAGUAGCUUGUGCGGCGGCGAGCGCUGUAAUUGUGCCGCUAAUACUACACCGCAUCUUUUUUCAUGAGACGAUGAAGCACAAGAGCUCGACAGAAACUUGCUCACUUGAGAUGUACAUGACCAGGCAUGGCAUGGAUGAGCUGGAAGCCAAAUUUCAAGUUGCCGUAGAUUUCGUUACUACACGAGGCAAUAAUAAGCUUACGAACGAGCAGAAAUUGCUUCUUUAUGCGUUUUACAAGCAAGCCAGCUUUGGCCCAUGUAGCGUAGACAAGCCUUCGGUAGUUGAUAUAGUGGGCAUAGCAAAGUGGCAGAGUUGGAAAGCUCUGGGUUGCUUAAAACAAGAUGUAGCCAAAGAGUAUUACGUUGAAUGGGUGCAGAAAUUUUUCGAGGAAUUUGAUGUGCGUGGUCCGGAAAAGUGGGGUUCGUCUUCGGAGGCUAGUAAUAAGUCGACAACAUUGGAUGGGACGAUGGGAAUGGCUGGGUCAGUCAGUUUGCCAAAGGUGGAUAUGUCGAGUGAGGAGUGGAAAGUAAAACAGGAUAUAUUCCACUACGCUAGUACAGGUCAUUUGGACAAACUCAUCGUCGCUCUUGACCAGGGCGAGGAUAUCAAUGCACAGGAUUCACAUGGCCGAACGAUGUUGCAUUGGGCUGUUGAUCGAGAUCAGGCGGCAGUGGUAACGGAGUUACUAGGUCGUAAAGCGUCUCCGAACGUUCAGGAUGCCGAUGGAAUGACACCUCUUCAUUACGCAGUUAGUUGCGAGCACGAAGAAAUGGCUAAACUGCUGGUUAAACAUGGUGCGUUAGUGGAUAUCGAAGACCUAGAUGGUGAUACACCUCUGUCAACAGCCACAAGCCAUUCACUUCAGACGAUCUUGGCUGAUGGAAAGAUCAACGGAUCUUACUAG